AUGGUCAAAGAUAAGGACGGUGACACGAUCGCAACGUUCAAUGGAAGAUGGAUAGCCUAUUCGCAUACCGCAAUGGCCUACUGUGCCUUUGUUGGAGCCCUAGUCGUCGGAAUAGGUCUUCAUUACCAUAAGAUUGUAGAAAAUGAGUUUUAUGGCUACCCGGAUGAGUGGUUCCCCUCUGUGUCGGCGACCAUUGGCGACCGCUAUCCCGAACGUUCCGUCUUCAUGCUCUUCAUUGCCCUUACAUCUGGCCCUCGAUUCGCAUUGGUCGGCCUUUGGUAUGCCCUGACCCGUCGUCCGAACUCGUCUCUUCCCAAGUUUGUCGCUGGUGUUGGUAUCUUUCGGACUUUGACCUGCGGAGGAUGGACAUACGUGACCUCUACCGAUGAUCACGACUGGCAUGAUAUUUUCAUGAUAUCCUACCUAGUUGCCACACUACCAUGGACCAUUGGCUGCAUUGCUCUGAGUCCCAAGAACCCCACUGCACUCAAGUACCGCAAGACUCUUGCUGGCAGUUUCUUUGGCACACUCGUGCCAUUGAUAUACUUUUUCAUUCAGCACAAGGUACACCGUGUUGCAGGAGCCUACACCAUCUACGCUUUCUUCGAAUGGGCACUGGUCUUGCUCGACGUAGGCUUUGAUGCCAUCACCAUGUUCGAGUUCCAACACCUCGAGGUGGUUGUAAAAGAUGUACGAGGUGUAUCUCGCGUUGCGGGCUCCAAGCCAACGUCCGACGCCGUCCUAGAGAAGAACAAGGAGAUGAGCGCUACCUUUUCCGGUGCAUUUUCUUGGUUUGGACUUAUCUAUACGGCUGCAGAUGUGUACAACGGAUUUGUAUUUUGGUCCAUGUUGACAUCACUCGGCGUAUGCGUCUGGUACUUCCCUCUCUGGCACAUGGGCAUUUCCGGUUAUGAAGCCCUGGUCAUGUGUACCGUCUCUCCGUUUUUCCUCGGCAUCAAGCCUGUCCGCUUCCUUGCUACUCGCUACCCAUGGUUCUUCCACCUGCUAUCGCUUUCUGGUCUUCUCGCUUUCCUCGCAAAGACACCUGUCAACCGUCUCUUCGCCGUUGGAUUCGGUCUAUCCAUGUCCUGCCUUGCAUGGUCUGCCACUUUCUUCGCAGAACGGUCACAGCCGCACCGUCUUGAGGCUCGCAUCUCGGCUUUCUCUAUUGGUCUAAUAGCCUCUAGCAUUGCAAAGUUCGCGUUCUGGACAAACAAUCCCAUUUGGCCGAUUAUGCACGAGCCAAACGGUGGAUGGAACAAGACUGGUGUUGUAUUGGCUGUGAUUGCCAUGCUCAUAUCUACAAGGUCAACUGCUGGCGCUGGGUCUGAUAUCCCGGCUCAAGGCCCUACCAAGGGAUCCUCCAUCUUUGCAAGCUUCGGUCUUGCCGGUGUACUCUUCUCCAUGCACUCGCUACUCUCGGAUUCAAGCACCAUGAUCUCUUGGGUCUGGGAGGGCUACCCAGUUCGUGGACCGCUGGCCGUUCCUCAUGGUAGUGUGACGUUGAUGGCCAUGGGCUUGGGCGUGAUGAUUGGAAUGUUCGCACCAAACCUUUCGCGGUCGUGGGCUUUCUACGGCGUAGGAUCGAUUGGCGCUGCCGUUUUGACAACGACGAGCCACUGGACUGGAUACUAUGGCGCCCUCGUAAUAGCUGUCUACACCAUGGCAGCAGCACCUGUCCUUAUAAGCCACGCAGCCCGCCAUGCACCAGGUCGAACAUUCGGUCUUGCUUUCUUGGUCUACAACUUUACGGUGCUCUUCCACGUCUGGGUCGUAGCCUAUGCCUUCGUUCCCGGUGGUCCUCUUGUUCGCGAACGCACAGACUGGGUCAUGACGAGCAUGAUGCUUCAGAUUGGUGCUGGUAUCUUCAGCGUCUCCGCCCAACCACCAGUACUCAAGAGCUACAAGGGUAAAGCCGUUGUCACUGCAGCUGCUAACAGACAGCGUUCCUACUAUCUCUAUAUCCUCAGCGCUCUGGAGCUUGUUGCUAUCGCCGUAGCAUACCUACGCUUCCCAUCGUACGACUACAAACCCUACCACCCCGAAACCAAAUCCAUCACAGCUGGUAUCUGGACGAUUCACUUCUCUCUCGACAACGACAUGUGGUCAUCCGAGCACCGCAUGCGUGAUCUGAUCAAGGAACUGGAAGUCGACGUCAUUGGGUUGCUAGAAAGCGACCUCCAGCGUAUCAUCAUGGGCAACCGCGACACAACCCAAUUCCUCGCCGAGGAUCUAGGCAUGUACGUCGACUACGGCCCAGGUCCCAACAAGCACACAUGGGGCUCGGCUCUGCUUUCCAAGUUCCCCAUUGUAAACAGCACACACCACCUCCUCCCCUCUCCCGUUGGCGAGCUAGCCCCUGCCAUUGAAGCCACCAUUGACGCCUACGGUGAAAUGAUCGACAUCUUUGUCUUCCACUCGGGCCAAGAAGAGGACCCAGAGGACCGUCGCUUGCAGUCGGAGUAUCUAGCCGAACGCAUGAAGGCCACGCCUCGCCCUGCCAUUCUUCUCUCCUACCUCGUCAUCAAGCCCGGCGAGGGCAACUACAACACUUAUGUUGGUGAGAAGAGCGGAAUGAAGGAUAUCGACCCUACGGAUUGGGAUAGGUGGUGCGAAUACAUUCUCUACAAGGGAUUGAAGAGGAGUGGAUACGCCAGGGUAUCGAGACAUACUAUUACAGAUACAGAGUUGCAGGUCGGCAAGUUCGUUGUUGGCGAACCAGAGAAUGGGAAUGAUAUGGUGCAUGAGAAUCAGGUUCCUCCUGGUCUUAGGUUCCCUGAUUUGUUCAAGGGUCAGGGUGUUCGGGGACACAGGUACCAUGUCUUCGACGAACCUAGGUACUAUGCUUGA